CUUUUAUAGAAUGUUAAACUAUCAUUAUCGUGUGUCUGAAUAUGAAGCAGAGGAAUUUUGUGAAUUUGUCGAAGAAUAUGGAUGGAGAAAAGAAUGGGAGAGUUACUAUUUCACCUAUUGGAAUUGGUUAACUGUAUUUGACAUGAUCAAAGAUCAUUGGAAUGAAAAAGAGGUUAGGCAAUGGAGAGAGAAAACUUUGCAAAAAUUCAUAUAUAGUUUACCAGAUAUAAAGAAUCCGGAAGCACUACUACAAGGAUUCAUGGAUUCUAAUGUGUUUACAUUGGUUGAAAUUAUAAGCUUAUUAGAAGGAAAAGAUGUUUCAAAUAUUCCAUAUGACAUAUGGGGCGAAUGUGAAUGUCCGCCUUCAUACUUCGAAAAUGAUUCUGAGGAUGAGCAAUUAAAUGAGCUACAACCAUCCAGAUAA